UGAGAUUUAACCUGCUCGGCGAAGGGGGAUUUGUAAAAAAUCGCGAUGCUUCGACGGUGUCUGCGGUUUCCAACAUGGCCGGCAAUAAGUUAGUAUUGGAGGGAAGAAUAUGUAUUUUCAGCUUCUUUUUGGGACUGGGGGUUGUUUUGGUUCCUUUACUUGCGGCGGUCGGAUCGCACCUCGACUGGGUUUUCGAUUACUUCACUGGAAUAAACGGGAAGAUCGCAAUCGCCAUAUACAUUGGGAGUGUAAACGGAUUAUUGCUAAUUAUGUAUAGAGGACCUCUGUAUAAGGUGGCGGUGCGAGCCUGUUUCCUCGGCUUUUCCUUCGGCUGCGGCUUGCUGAUCAGCUUUGGCGAGACCACAUGGACACACUUUGGCUGGUACAUGUGCUCACUCUCUUUCUUCCACUACUCGGAGUACCUGGUGACUGCCAUCAUUAACCCACGCAGUCUGUCACUGGACUCCUUCCUGCUGAACCACAGUGUGGAGUAUACUGUUGCAGCCCUUUCUUCCUGGGUCGAAUUCACGGUGGAGAAGCUCCUCUUCCCAGAGUUGAAGCAGCUGAGCUGGGUGAGCCUGGUGGGUCUCAUCAUGGUCCUGUGCGGAGAGUGUCUGCGCAAGUCCGCCAUGCUGACCGCUGGCUCCAACUUCAACCACAUCGUCCAGAACGAGAAGGCCCAGAGCCAUGUGCUGGUCACCAGUGGAGUGUAUUCCUGCUGCAGGCACCCUUCUUACGUGGGCUGGUUCUACUGGAGCAUCGGCACUCAGGUGAUGCUGUGUAACCCCAUCUGCGUGCUCGGCUACCUAUUCGCUAGCUGGCGCUUCUUCCGCGAGCGCAUCGAAGAGGAGGAGAUUUCCCUCAUCCACUUCUUCGGGGACGAAUACCUGGACUACAAGCAGAGGGUCCCCACCGGUUUGCCCUUCAUCCCAGGCAUCCGGAUGCAGAGCUAGACCUCAAGCGGGAUUUUCGGAAAACUCAAGAAAAAUCUGGAAAAAGACCCGUGGAACUGGCACUGCGAGGAGGCCGGCUGCGCUGGUGACCUCACGGAUUGCCUCCCGGUUGCCCUGCCAACCAAGGCGGGUGCACACAGACAACGAUGAAACACUGAGCACUAAGACACCCCCCCAAAACCCAUGUCCCACUUGAACCCUAGUCAACUGGGAUGCAGACAGGCUACCGUUUCCAAACAACCUCCAGCAGACCAUGUCGAUCGCAUUUCCAAAAAAUGUCAGCUGUGGUUUUGAGAUCUUAACCAGUAGCCAGAUGUGCAGCCCUACCCCAGUUCCAGAUCUGCCACGCUUCAGAGAUGUGGCAUUUCUGGAUUUUUCCAUUUUGCUUCAAGCUUGAAAGCAGUAGCCGAGACAUAAGCCAGUAAGCAUCUGAGGGUUUCCUAUCAUUCCUUGCUGGCCCAGUGGGUGUCCUCACUGUGUCUCCUCCAUUACCUUCGGAGUUCUUCCACAGUAAGGCACUCAGCUCUUCACAGUUUUACAUGUAGUUCCACUGCGCUGAUUGGCAGCUGCAUCCAUAACGACAAAGAUCUCAACUGGAGAACGUGUUUUGAGUGGGAUGUGUUUUCGUCCCACUUCUGAAAGGCAGCAGUGUACACAUAAUCUGCCCUAUUGUGGCAAAAAGCUGUCAGCUAGAAGAGUGACAGGAGUCAUAAUUACCCUGAAGCUUGUAUUAUAGUUCAGAAGAAUAUACCAAAAACAAACAGUGAGUAAUGUCUCAUGGGUGGAAAAGGAAUACGCCUGAGACUGAUUAUUCAGAAUAAAAAUAUUUAUUGUAGUGUUCAGAGUUUAAUGUUUGACUGUGGCUUGGCUGACUGUUAAACCUGGAGGGAUCUGGGAUUAGAACUGAUGAUUGUACUUGCAGCAGCUGUGUGAUCUGGGAUGAGAACUGAUAAUUGUGCUUAUGGCCCCUUUUGGUUCCGUGGAAAAGCUUGCUUGUUGAAAUUUACUUGCUGGCAGUUUCUUCGUUUGCAGCAUUCCUUGUCCAUUUGUGUUUCAUCACAUUUGUAGCUUCAUCCCUGCUGUCAUGACACGCUGCAUCCACCUUAAAUUUGCCUUCGAAAACUGUGUACACAGACAAUCAAACUACAAAUUUUAUGCCCCUGGUAUUUUUUAUGGAGAAGCUCCUUCAAGACUUUCUAUUCGUAAGUCAAGGGGGGAUUUGGAAACAGCAAAGCAUCCGGUUUGAAGCGGCUCUGCACUUAGAAGGAAGGCAUCGCCCUCCUCUCCUCCCUCAUUCUGGAGGUGGGUGGUGGGGUUUGGAAAAUGGUGCCACCACAACCAGAUCCUGCUGUGAUCAGGGGUUCCACUCUUUGCUCUCAAGUGUUGCAGAUGUUCUGCUGUUGCCCCCAAAUGCAUUAGUGCUAUGGAGACCUUGUCUACUGAGUCCUUUAUGCUCCUUUCUUCUCACCCAUAUUAUAUGUGGACUGUUCCACAGCAUGCACACAAAUGAAGAUGUACUGUAUGAUCCGGAGGAAAACAGGCGACCAGGGGAAGUGGUGUGUGUUAAUUUAUAAUGAACCUAACACAAAAAAAUGUCUAUUUAUAAUAAAUAAUUAU